AUGGGCAACGUUUCGCGCGUUCCAUUCUGUCUCACCUUCUGCCCACGCCCUGCCACCUACGUGUCUAGCAGCGCCUACUCCACGAGGCCUCCGACGGUGCCCCACGCGGAGCCCCGAAUCUUACAGCGCUCGAGUGACGGCCACGCGUCCGCGGGACCAGAACGAUGGGUGAAGAUGCCCCUCUCGGGGACCCUGGCCCGGGGUCUGCUGUCCGAGCUGAAGCUGCCUGUGCCCUGGGGCCACAUCGCUGCCAAAACCUGGGGCUCCUUGAAGGGCCACCCUGUUCUCUGCCUGCACGGCUGGCUGGACAAUGCCAACUCCUUUGACAGACUCAUCCCUCUUCUUCCGCAGGACUUGUAUUACAUCGCCAUGGAUUUCGGGGGCCACGGGCUUUCAUCCCAUUACAGCCCAGGUGUCCAAUAUCACUAUCAAGAUUUUGUGAACGAGAUCCGGAGAGUGGCGGCAGCCCUGAAGUGGCAUCGCUUUUCCAUCAUGGGCCACAGUUUCGGUGGCACUGUGGGCGGAAUGUUUUCCUGUGUCUUCCCUGAGAUGGUGGAUAAGCUCAUCUUGCUGGAUUCAUUACCAUUUUUUGUGGACUGCAGCGAAAUAGACAACCUCCUCAUCUACAAGCAGAGAGCCAUCGAGCAGGUCCUGCAGCUGGAGGCCUCCACGAAACCCCCAACAGUGCACAGCCCUGAGGAGGUCCUGCAGAGGUUGCUGCAGAACAACGCUGCUGUGGGAGAGGAGUGUGGGAAACUUCUCCUGCAGAGAGGAACCACCCAAGUGGCCUCAGGGCUGGUGCUGAAUAGAGACCGGAGGAUCUCUUUGCCAGAGCUCUGCUUUGACUUCAUCAGCAAGGACCAGCUCUUACGCUGCAUCCAGAACCUGCAGGCCCACGUUCUGAUCGUCAAGGCACAGCAGGGGCUUUACAGUCUGAGGAGAGAGGACACAGAUAGGACACCCAUGAACCUCAUAACUGGCAUGCUCCAGGCAAUCCUGAAGAAGCGGUACCAGUUUGUAGAAAUCCCUGGCAACCACUACAUCCACAUGAACGAGCCCUACAAGCUGGCGAAGAUUGUCAGUGCCUUUCUAAAGAGUGAGGUGCGGCCGCUGUCCAAGCUGUAG